AUGUCCCGAAACCCGUUUGAUGAUGAUUAUCGAGGAAGCAGUGCAAGUUCGACUAGUGAGUUUUUUUUUUUUGGCUGAAAAUUUCGAAAAUUUGCUGAAAAUCCAGUUUUUUUGUGCAAAAAUCGUGAUUUUUCGAGUUUUUUGAGCUAAAAUUGAUCUGAAAUUGAUUUUAGGCUGAAAAAUCUUGAAAUUUCGAGUUUUUUAACCCAGAAUUCAUGAAAAUCCCCAUUUCCAACUUGAAAUUCAGAAAAAAAUCAAAAUCUUUCCAGAUCCCGUCAAAAGCUACUCAACAAUGGCUAAUCAAUCUGUAGAAGACGAGGCGGAUUAUUAUGAGAAGGAAAUUGAGAAAUAUCUGCAGGUACUGUAGUUUUUGGCGCGAAAAUUUGAGAAUUUCGCGUUUUUUGAUAUCAAAUAAGCCAAAAUUCGAAAAAAUUGGGGAAAUUUUUCCUACAGUAGAAAUUUUGGCGCCAAAAAUUUCUCAUUUCAUUGCAGGACACAAAAACUUACAGUAACCUAGUCAAAAAAAAUUCCAAAUUUCCUCCCGAGACCGGAAAUCUACAGUACCCCUUCAGUAACUUUUGACGAGCUACAGUACCCGCAUCAGUGUCAAUUUAGUGUCAGAAAGUUCCAAAUUUCGCGUCGAGACCCGAAAAAGCUACCGUAUCCCAAACCCAGUCAAAUUUGUGCUCAAAAUGCUCCAAAUUCCCCGAAAAUUCCGAAUUUUCAGGAAUCCUUGGACAGUACCGAAAGAUCACGCCGACACUUGGAUAAUUCCGAGAAAAUCGGUGUGGCCACUGCGCAAGAAUUGCUCGAACAACGUGAAAAAUUGGAGAGAACCGAGAAGAAUUUGGACGAAAUCCAUCGAACUACACAAAUGACUCAACGCAAUUUGAAUAGCUUGAAAUCGGUGUUUGGCGGGUUUUUCAAGAAUAAAUUCACGAAGAAACCGGUUGAACCGACCGAAGUUGCUAAUGUGAGUGAUUUUGGGCUAAAAAUCUGAAAAUUUGGAGCAUUUUGAGCUCAGAAACUGGAAAUUUGAUGAAAAAUGAGUGAUUUUGAGCUAAAAAUCUGAAAAUUUGGAGCAUUUUGAGCCCAGAAACUGGAAAUUUGAUGAAAAAUGAAGGUUUUUUGGAAAAAACUGAAAAUUUGGAGCAUUUUGAGCCCGGAAACUGGAAAUUUGAUGAAAAAUGAAGGGUUUUGAGCAAAAUCUGAAAAUUUGGAGCAUUUUGAGCCCAGAAACUGGAAAUUUGAUUAAAAAUGAAGGUUUUUGAGCUAAAAAUCUGAAAAUUUGGAGCAUUUUGAGCCCAGAAACUGGAAAUUUGAUGAAAAAUGAAGGUUUUGAGCAAAAUCUGAAAAUUUGGAGCAUUUUGAGCCCGGAAACUGGAAAUUUGAUGAAAAAUGAAGGUUUUUGAGAAAAAUCUGAAAAUUUGGAGCAUUUUGAGCCUAAAAAUCAGAUUUUUGAAAAUUUCUGAUAAUUUGAAGAUUUUUUUUAAAGAAAAAAGCAAUUUUUCAACCUAAAACUGUCAAAAAUUCCAAUUUUCAGCCAAAAUUUUGAUACAAAAACCUGAAAUUAGAAAAUUCUGAAAAUUUCAAGAAUUUUGAGCUCAGAAUUGCUAUUUUCAGUCAUUUCUGACUGAAAAUUUGAAAAAUUCUGAAAAUUUCCACCUGAAAAUCAUAUUUUCAGCCAAAUUACACCCAAAAAUGAAUUCCAGGUCCCCCAAUCAAAAUCCGCUUCCCGUCUCUCGGAAACCGCCGCCAAUUUAUCAUCCGGAAACUCUUCCGCAUCAUUUUCCGGACCUUCCGGAAGAACUUUGAAUGAAUCGAGUCGAAAUGCGAUUAAAGGAACACGUUGGGAAGCGAUGGAUAAUCAAAUUGAUGAGAAUUUGGGUGAGCAUUUGGAAAAUUUGGGAAAAAAUUCUGGAAUUUUUGAAAUCAGCAUGAAAUUCCCUAUCGUUUGAUAUACAAAACUCAUAUUUUCAAAUUUAAAAAAAUUAUAAGGUCCCUAAGGUAUUUAAGGACCUUUAGGUCGAAAUUAACGAUUUUCUUCGUUUAAUCUAAUUUCAGCAUGAAAUUCCCUAUCGUUUGAUAUACAAAACCUACAUGAUAUACAAAAAACCUUAUUCUUAAGGUUAAAAAUUAUUAAGGUCCCUAAGAACCUUAAGGUAAAAAUCCCUUAAAACCCUAGGAAUAUGGGUGUCUAAAAACUCCAAAUUUCACGCUGAUCUCAAAAAAUAUCUCAAUAGUUUCGAAAAUUUUCAUUAUAACCUUAAAUACCUUAACGACCCUAAGGUCAAAAAUUAUUCCCAUAUAAAAAUGGAUAUCAAAAAUCUCCAAAUUUCAUGUAGAUCUGAAAAAUGUACAUACAAAACAUCUUAUUUUUCCUCAAAAAUACCUUAACUACCUUAACGACCCUAAGGUCAAAAAUUGUUUCCAUUUAAAAAGGGAUAUUAAAAAUCUCCAAAUUUCACGCUGAUUUCGAAAAAUCCCAAUUAUCAUUUUAAAUUUGCAUUAUAACCUUAAACACCUUAACUACCUUAACGACCCUAAGGUCAAAAAUUGUUCCCAUUUAAAAUGUAUAUCAAAAUUCUCCAAAUUUCACGCUGAUCUCGAUUUUUGCAGACGCAAUGUCAUCAAACCUGCGAAAUCUCCAAAAACUCGGCCUCGAUCUCGGAAAAGAAGUGGAUUCUCAAAAUGAAAUGCUCGAAAGAAUCCAUAAUAAAGCCGAUAGAAAUGAUGCGAUUGUCAGAAAUCAAGAUAAACAAAUGCAAGCGAUUUUGGGUGGAACUUCUACUGAAAAUCAACAAACUACACUAGAAUCUAUGACUCCCAGUGUGGAUACUUCGACUAAAGUUGGAUUUAUGAUGAAGGCUGCGUCGCUUUGGAAGUAA